CAAACAUAAUAAAACCAAAGACCAACCGCUUCCAAAACACGUUAAUCAGAAGGAAACCUUUUAGACUUAGCAGUAUUGAACAGUUGAUUGUACGCUGAAAUUGUCAUCAAGUCUGUAAUCAAACAAAUCCCACAUUGUUCCAUCGUUGCAUCUUGUCUUAUUUCUUGUCUCCAUUAUAAAUAUCCAGCAAAUAAGAAUGACACUGAAAUGCUCUGAUUGCGGAAAAUUGCUUUCUUCAAUUGAAAUGGCAGAAUUCCAUGGCGUCAAGUCUGGCCAUGAAAAUUUCGAAGAAACUGAAGAACAGGUUCGACAACGAUCUCCUGAGGAAAUAAAGGCAGCUAUAGAGGAAAUGAGGAAGAAGGCUCAAGAAAAGAAGAAGCAACAGGAAGCUCUUGAAGAAGAAGAUAAGAAGAAAAAUUUCAGAAUCCUUCAAAAGUCCAAUGACGAAACGGCUCAGGCUAUGCGACAGCUUCAAGACCAAACACGUCUUCGUGAGCUACAGAAAAUGCGCCAACAAAAGCUUGAAGAUCAAGAGCAGCGAAAAAAAAUUUUGGCUGAAAUUGAGGCUGAUAAAAAGCGACGUGCUGCUACUACCUCGUCAGCGGCGAACAGUGCUUCUUCUACUACCGUCCCUUCUACAAAAAAGCCGUCUUCUACUUCUACCUCUGCUGCUGCGGAUACCGCAGCCCCUUCUCGUGCUCCUCCGUCUUCAGGCCGUUUCUCUAUUCGUCACCAGGGCCAAGUUUGCAACCUUGUCAUUCCAGCAGAGCAGUCCCUACGAGAUGUCGCGCAGCAAGUUUCUGAGAAACUUCAAGUGCCUUUGCCUACAGCUUUUAUGACAACGUUUCCUCGCGCAACCUACGGCGCCGAUGUUUUCGAUCGUCCCAUUUCUCAAUUGAAAGACAUCUUUCCCUCUGCCGUACUAUUACCACACUGGCAGUAAUGGAUAAACUCUAUAGGUAACAUAUAUUUAUAUUGGGGGUUUCUUCUUUCUUCCAACGUUUGUUUAAAAGUGCGAGUGAUGACG